CAUAUCAAUGACUAACCCUCGGCUCUAGCUAUUUCUAUAAGGCCAGUACCAUAGUACAAUUUCUAUCGACUCGACUAAAAAAUUUCUAGUUAAAUAUUUACAAUGAAUUUCUAUUUAUGAAAUAAAAUAAUUACUGAUAUGUCCGUAACAUUACGAAAAUUACGAAGAAUUCGGCGCUCGAUGAGUAGCUGAUUGUAAACGAUAAGUGGAGAGGCUGAUUGUGAUUUUAUUGGAGCAUCUGUGAUUACUGUGAAUAUCGUUCCAUCGGUUUUCUUAUAAUGGCUGAUUUUGUCCUCCGUGUUAAAACUAAAACAGGCCAGAAAGUCGUCAAUGGAUUAUCAUCGAGCAAAACAGUAUCGGAAUUGAAACGAAAAUUAUCUGACGUCACGGGGUUUGAUGUUAAUGCACUCCAUGUACUCAGUGGAUUUCCACCAAAAGUACUAAACCUAAGCUCUUUAAAUUCAACACUGAGUGAUACUGGUAUUGUGUCUGGCGAUACUCUAAUUGUUGAAGAAAAAUCAAUGAAUCUGUCGAAUGACGAAAAAGAGUCAAGACCCCAUGUCAUUAAUACCGAGCGAUUCUCCGACACACCUGGUAUGCUCAUGAAGAAAAUUGUUCCUGCCGACAAUUCGUGCCUUUUUACCAGUGUUGGAUAUGUACUCAAUGGUAGAGUCGAUCCAACAUGCUCCGAUUAUAUGCGAGAAAUAAUAGCCACUUCUGUAGCAUCUGAUCCUGAUGAAUACUCCGAAGCAAUCCUUGGAAAACCCAACUCAGUCUAUUGCGAAUGGAUCCUCAAAGCUGACUCAUGGGGUGGUGCCAUAGAACUCUCCAUUCUAUCAAAAUUCUUCGGCUUGGAAAUAGCUGUUGUCAAUAGUGUUAAUGGUAUUAUCAAUAGAUUCGGAGAGGAUCAACAUUAUGGUCAAAGAGUAUUUCUCAUUUUCGAUGGAAUUCAUUAUGAUCCACUUUAUCUGGAACCGAACGACGGUGGCAGUAUUCAGACAAUUUUUCCAACUGAUGAUGAGAGGGUACUCGUAGAAGCUGGACAAUUAGCGAAAGAAGCUAAAUCUAGUCGGCAGUAUACGGACGUACAAAAUUUCACUGUCAAAUGUCUCGUUUGCAAUAUUCAUCUGAGUGGACAGACAGCUGCCAGCCAACAUGCCAAGGAGACUGGCCACAUGAAUUUCGGAGAAAUUGCGUAGCAUCCUCAACCAAUAGAUUAUUGACAUGAUAAUUUCAUCGCUGAGUAGACUCACUAAUGUUCAAAAUAGAAUAGACACAAAUGUCCAUUACUUUAAACCCUACAGUGUACCAAUUUUGCAAUCAAAUCUUCAUUAAUUAGCAAUAUACCAUAUUUAGGGAAAUCAAGACUGGAUUCUCUCCUCCAAUAAUUAUCCAAUUAUUGACAUAAUAGCAUCAUGGGACAAUUAUUUGUUGAAUAAAUAGUCAUAAUCGUAAUCUCAAUAUCGAAUGAGUUUCGAUGCUGCAUGUCACCAUUACAACAUUUUAUUAAAAUAAAUCUAUUGAGUUAUUA